AUGGGGAACUUAUUACUAAAGGAAAAGCCAGUUGACCUUUUUAGAAAAAAAGGAGACAUUUUAAACCUGCGGAACUUAAAGGCUGUGCACGUCGAGAAAGUGUACCCUCCGCUAAAAAAAUCCAAAAAAAUUUCCGUGUGCAGAUGUUGGAAAUCGAAUAACUUCCCCUAUUGUGACAAUUCUCAUCAGAAGUUGCAGCAGCAGGGGGUGAUUUGCGGCCCAUUUCUUUUAGAAGUUCGACGAAGUAACAAUGCGAAUGCGUAA